AUGGACGAUGCGCUCAAACAGGAUUUGUUUGCCGUGAAAGGUAAGAUAAAGGAUGCGGUUAUGGCAUUGGGGAAGAAGUUGGAUGUGGAUGUCAAAAGUGAUUUGACGGUGUUGAAGGGGAAAAUUACCGGACAGCUCAAUAGUAUAGUAAGUAGUGCGUCGGGCUUUAAAGAGAGAUUUGACGCCACUAAAAAAGCGAUUUAUACUGCGAUCAGUAAAGUUUACUCAGAUAUAACUGUGUUUGCCCAAUUAACUAAGCUAGAAAGCAUUGACAGCAGUCUUGCAGGCACGUUGAAUUUACUUAAUGAGAUUAGCAACGGUGAGAAAAAUUUUUUGCAGCCGCUAACGAAUUAUAUUAACGCGUUGAACAGCAACGUUAUGAGCCCUUUGACUAAGGCUAUGGCAAAAAUAGGUGAACAGCUAAAUAAUAAUAUUGGAAAAUGGAAUCUACAAGAUACCGUCACGAUAUCAGAUAAAGAGAUACUGACACUUCAACUCUUCGUGGACGAUAAUGUUCCGUCCAGUGACUUAAGUGAUCUCACCCGUCUUCUUGGAAUCUCACCAGCUAUCACAAAACUUGAGAUGACAGCUCAAAUCAGACCUAUUAGAAGAUUGAUCGAGAAACUUAUACAACAUCCCGCCAAAUUGACAAAAGAAGAACUCAUACACUUGCUGAGAGACCUCAGCAAAAUACCAGCAGCCGUCUCCGACCACGCCGAGCAGGUUGUGGCAGAGGUUAUGACUAAGAUUAAAGAAAACGUCCGAUCAGAGAUCGGAAAAGUAGCGCAGGCUGUGACGGCUAAGGUCAAGAGGAUUGCUGACGGUGUAGAAAAUGCCAAUAAGGAUGAUGAAAGAAUUGACUACUAUGAUAGAAGCACGGAAAACGCGAGAGGCCUUCUCAAACUGGUGCAAACGUUUAAUACAGAUAUCGACACGGCACUUCAAAACUUUAAAAAUAAAUUCGAAAGCGACUUCUUUAAGAAAACUAACGCGGAUCGCACAAGCGGCGAUAACUAUAAACUGGAUGAAAUCAUGCAGAAAUUUAACACAACCAACGCUGAUCUGAUGAAUGGUGACCUUAAGCAAAACGGAAAAAAUGUGCUUGACGAAAACAUCGGUCGAGAUAUUUUGGCAGGUUCAGGCGACCAAAAUAAAAUUGCCGAAAUUGCUGAUACUUUCACAAAAUACAGGCAGCAAAUCGUGAGAGAUAGCUUGACCAAUCCUGACCCAAACCAGCUACAAGGCUCACUCCCCGCGGCGAUCAAAAAGAUUGAAAACGAUCUGAACAAAAAUGCAGAUUAUUUGAAAAAUGUUGACAACGAUGGAAAUGGCGAUCAAAACUUCCACAACACAACCUUCUCCACCCUGCGCUCCACCGUCGACACCAGCCUCACCGCCUUCACCGACAAUGUCAGGAACCUCGUUAAAAAAGAAACCGCCGGCGAUGACACUGACAGUGUCCACGCCUACCUGUUGGAUUUGGAACGGAUGCUUAAUCAGAAUCCCGUUGACCUUAAGACCGACAUAAAAUCUGCCCACAAAUCCGUCCAAGGCCUCGUGACGAUCAAGCAGGAAAUCGACGCCGCGCUCGACGGCAUCGACAGCAAAGUUAAAGCGGAGUUUGGUGCUGCAAAUACAGCCACGGAAAGUGCAACUAUUUUCAAGAAAUUGUCCGAAGAAGUAACAAAUAAUCUUAAGGGCUUAUUAAAAGCGUUUGCUGAUAGAGGCCAAGCCGUAGAAAAGGCUCUGCAAAAAAUAAAGGAUGAGAAAAUCGGCCGUAAAGAACACGGUGACAAAUCUGCGGCUACUAGGGGCACACUCCAAAAAAUCCACGACGACAUCGUCAACGUGCUUCGCGAUCAACUGGAACCUGUCAUCAAAUCGGUCACUGAACUACAAAAAUUCACCAAAAACGAAAAAUAUCGAUCCAUAACCUCCAUGUGUGAUUUCGUCGACAAGGAAGUCCAAGAUGCCACCAACAAACUCAUCACCCAGGCCAACAAAAACUACGUGACAUCAGUCAAAGACAUGCUGCAGGCCUUUGCCGACAAGGUGCAGAAGGAACUAAAGCCCCUCCCCGGCGAGAUUGACACCGACAGGAAGCACGGCUUUAAGGGGUUCAUGAGGACGUUGCAGGGGAAAAUCGGAGAGAAUGGUGAGACUUCGACUGACAAUGUUGACAAACUCAAGGGUCUCAUAGGUGAACUGUCAGCAAAUGUGAAUCACAAGGAGGCGUGCGCAAAAUUGUCGCAAAAAUUCAAACAGUUCUGGUCACCACUCCACGUCUACCUCAAAGAAGAGAUCAAACGCGUUCACGCAGCUAAUAACGAGAAAACCAAUCCCAAGCCGUCCGGAGAGGAACAGCUCUACACCUCCAAACUCGACGCUGCGAAAACCGCACUAAACACUCUUCUCGAUCACAUUAGUAAUCACCGCUAUAACCACGAAGUGCCCGCCAUGCUUGGCAUCCUCUCCACUAAAGCCGAUGGUCUCCACCCCAAGACAUUCAAUGAACCGAGCACUCCCCUGCUUGACGGCGUUGGGGAGGGGCUGCGUGAGUUUGCGGCUGUACUGAGGAAGGCGUACAUGAGUAGGUAUGACGGAGGUGAUACAAUUAAAAGAUGGACACAUAAAGAAACUGGAGAAAUUGAGUUGACGCCCAAUGGCCGAAAUGGUGCUAAGGUCUGCCUGAACGUGUUGUCCAUCUUGCAUACGGAAUUAAACAGAUUGGUGAAGUAUUGUCAGUCAUCUACCAGAAGUGAACAAAUAAAUAAAUCGACAAUUGUUGGCAUGUUCUUCCUUGACCAAGGCUACGAUGUUUCCGACGAUGGCGAGCAGAAUGGUGAAUUGCAAGACCACAAGAGGAUGACAGUGUUCUUCAUCUACAAACGUCUUUUCCGAGAUGAUGACAGACAUAUUUUUAAAGACAUUAAGAGAAAUGGCUCUCUUCAAAAACUUCACGACUGCCUUCAAACGUACUACCAGGUGGGCCACGUCGCCACUUUUGCCGCCAAGAAACGCCCGUGUAGCAUCUUCGAAAUGCUGUGCUGCCUGUCUGGUCUGCAGUGCACCGCUGGUUACGAAGCGAUGCUAAAUGACGCUCUCAGUGACUUGUUCAUAGAUCCAAAGCAGGUCACCGACGGCGAAUUGUCGGCAGUGAUCGGCGUUGAACCCGUGAAGGCAUAUCCACAGGCGAUGGAGUAUGACGGCACACGCGCGGCAAUAGAACAUCUUUGCUCCACGGCAUAUGACCUUUUAGUUUACAUCCUCGGCACCGGAAACGCGCAUACCAUGUACGCUUCUGACUUCUCUAACAACUCACUGGGCUUUCAUUAUCCGACUUCCGGUGAGGAUUGCUUAGGCAUGCUCAUGGACGUCCUCAGUAGGCUAUUGCCACCGCUGCAAUUCAUGUACAGCCGAUGUAAGCUCAGCGUGCAGCACGGUGGCUGGCAAGAAUGCGAGUACGGCAAAAACAUAAGGACAACCAAAUGGCCAUGCAAAGAGCAUAUUACCGACGAAGUAGCGUGCCGACCAAAUAACCAACCAAAGUGCCAACCAACGUCCCCCUUAAUGUCGUACCUUAACGAUUGCUUACCUGGUCACCUUCCUCACCAAUUGAGUUCCAUCGGCUGUAAAUACGAUUGCGCCAGCUGCCCGUCUACUUCGAGAAAAGGCCAGCCCUGCAUAACGCCACUUGGUUUCCGAGGCUUUUCAGGAAGCACGAAGACAGGCAAAGACCUGUGUGCUAUCCUGAGCAAAAUCAUCGAGAAUAAACAUCUCGCAUCGCUAUUCUGCCUUGUUACCAAACCGCCAAAAACGUUGCCAGAACACUUCGGUUUUGCGUUAUCAUUGGUUAAGGGAUGGUCGAAUAUUUCAAAGUUACAGAACCAAAACGUACCUAAUGUCAGUUUCCAAUCAGCGUUUGAAACAUCCGUUCGCGGCUUAUCUAUUGAUCUAUAUUCAGAACCCUAUGAACUAACCAAAACAUUGAUGAAAGCGUACGGUUCACAGGCUGUUUUGCAUGAAGAUUGCAAGCAUCCGCACCUUGUCAAUUUCACUACCUCGGAAAUAUGUCGUUACGAUGUUGCAGAUGUGACCUGCGCUCCCUAUCUACAAUCGCUAUGCGCAGAUUCAUAUGAAUACAUGUCCAUCAACAACUGCAGCCUGUACCUAUCGUGGGCCAUAUACCUCUCAUGGGAUUUCUGGCGAUUGCUGAACGAUUUGUACAAUGACUUCUGCAACAUAUUCUGUGCCGAUUGGGGUUGCCGCGGCUGCUUGAGAGGCGAUACGUGCAAGAAAGGAUCGCAUGGUCGUACUGACGAAAAAAGUGGGAACCCACGUUGCCAGUGUCCAUCAAUAGUGGAUUGUAAUGGCGUGUCACCGACGCUGUAUCGAUAUGGAUUCAGUUUCUGUGACGCUGUCAAAUUGAAUGAUAGUAAAUAUAAGAAGAAAUGCUCCGAUUUCUGUACGCAAUUGGAGAAACUGCUUAAAUCAGAAUACUUCAAAGACCUCUUCGAUAAAUGUGACAACUUCAUCUGGACCAUCAGAGAACCUUUCACCUAUCUAGUGCUCGCACUCUGGUCACUCUCCCUCUUCUACCUCAUCUGCGUGAUGGUUGGCAGGCUGGAUGUGCUCCACAUUCGUUCGCACCUGAGGACACCGUCGUCGCACAGGAUAACGGCGCAAUCAUUGUUGGCGGCGGCGCAAGUCGGAAGGCUUGCCAAGAUAUCGUAUCUACAACCGUAA